AUGAUGCAAAUGCUGCUGCCUCAAGCGCUGCAGCAGCAGCUGCUGCGGCGCUUCGCUCACAACCACCACCAGCAGCACGAGCAGCACGAGCAGCAGCAACAGCAGCAGCAGUACUGGGAAGUACUCGAGGAAUACGACGUGCAGGAUUGGGAAGAGAAGGGGCAGCAGCAGCAGCAGCAGCAGCAGGGCGACGAGGAGGAGGAGGAGCAGCAGCAGCAGCAGCAACAGGAAGAUGAUGAAGAGGAGCAGCAGCAGGAGGAGGAGGAGCAGCAGCAGCAGCAAGGAGAAGAAUUAGCAUGCGAAGGGAAGAAGGGCUCUGGAUCUCAGACACGAGACGCUGCGGCUGUUACUGUUGUUGCUGCAGCAGCAGCAGCAGCUGCUGCUGCUGCUGCUUUUGCUGUAACUGCUGCUGCUGCUACAGGCGUAAUUUAG